AUGCUGCGGCGUGUGUUAGCACGCUGGCAGGAACUAGCUUGUUUUCCUCGAGCUAUGACGGUUUCAAGAAGGCACUAUGCUGCUGUCGGAGCGAAGGUGGUCCCUGGCAAGGUCGACAAGAGCUUUGUCGAAGAGGAUGCCGAAAAGUUGUCGAAAUUCGUCUGUAUAAACUACUUUAUACAAGGAGAAGAACCUGGUCCUAAAAUACUGCCAGACUCUGAGUAUCCCUCUUGGCUUUUUGAGCUAGACUUACGGCCUCCGCGACCUCUCGAAGACCUCGACCCUGAAAAGGAUGGCUGGCAGUACUGGAGAGCUCUAAGAAUUCGGCAGAUUGAGCAGAAUCGGCGAAUAGAGAACUUGAAAAGAAGGUUCCUUCACCUUCAAGACAGUCCAAGUAUGAAAAAGUUUAGUAAAUUUUGA